AUGACGAAGCCCGCGCGUGCCAUCGCUGAGGCGUACGUCGACCCUGACGAUGGAUUGACCGUCAUGCAGAUCGUCGAGGCCCGCGGCUACUACGUCGAGGAGCACAAGGUCACGACCUCGGACAACUACAUCCUGACCAUGUACCGACUGCCCAAGACGUACACGGAGAGCCGACUGAACGCUUCUGCUGCGGCCGACAAGCCGGCCGUGUACCUCAUCCAUGGCCUGCUGGACAGCAGCUUCACGUACGUGUGCAACUUCCGCAACCAGAGCUUGGCCUUCUUGCUCGCGGACGCGGGCUACGACGUCUGGCUGGGCAACAACCGAGGCACGACGUGGUCCAACCAGCACGUCACGUACACGACCGAUGACGACGAGUACUGGGCCUUCUCGUGGCAGGAGAUGGCGCUGUACGACAUGCCCGCCAUGGUCAACUACGUGCUGGACACGACGGGCCACUCCACGCUGAGCUACGUGGGUCACUCGGAGGGGACCAUGCAGGCGUUCGCCGGCUUCUCCGUCGACCAAGAGCUGGCCAAGAAAGUCUCGUACUUCGGCGCUCUUGCUCCUGUUGCCUACGUGGGCCACAUCACUUCGCCCAUCUUCGAGCUCAUGGCCGACACGUACUUGGACGUGUUGUUCACGAUCCUCGGCGUCGGGGCGUUCUGGGAAACCAACUGGCUGAUCCAGGGCAUCCUUGCCAAGUACGCGUGCGCCUUCGUGGACCAGGCCUGUGACUCGAUCAUCAACGCACUCACGGGGCCUUCGGACAACGUCAACACCACGCGGUUGCAGGUGUACAUCUCCCAGACUCCAGCCGGCACCUCCGUCAAGAACAUGGCGCACUUCGCACAAGGAAUUCGGGACAACACGUUCCGUUACUACGACUACGGGUGUAGUUGCGUCCAAGCUCUGGGUAUCAAUCUGUGCUCCAAGCUCAUCUGCAAGAACAAGGCGGUGUAUGGAGCGUUCGAGCCGCCCUCGUUCGACCUCGGGACCAUCAAGUACCCCCGCAUGGGCUUCUACACUGGGAGCGACGACUGGCUGGCUACCAGCACGGACAUCUCGCAACUGCGCGCUAAGCUCACGAGCGCGGACAUCGUCACCGACCAAAGCGUCGAGUACAACCACUUGGACUUCACGUGGGGCUACAACGCCAACGAGCUCAUCUACCAAGACCUGCUCACCCAGAUCGGCAAGUACGUUGAUGUCGGAUACUGA